CUGAAGUUCAUCUCCUCGCCUUCAAAGUGCAGCCUGUUGAAUUCAAAUUUGAAGGUACUUGCGAAACUCUGAUACCAAAAGAAUACCACGUGAAAAUAAAGAAAGAGAGACUCAAGGAUUUUGGGUCAAAGUAACAGCAAAUUAACAUCAUCAUGCAGAAGAGUUACGCAAUAGAACUACUAUCCUCCCCAAUCUUCUCGCGGUUACAUUAUGGACGGUGACUACGUUGGAAGAAGGAGUUUAUCAGAAGGCUUUUAAAAACGCGGAGAUACGAAAGUUUCAGUUUCCAGAGUUUAGUACGGAAAAAAUCCAGCUUUAAAAGAAGGGAUUCUAAUCAGAGACAGGGCUCCGGGAAUACCAUGGCGGCCAUUCCAUUGUGCAUACCAAACAACUGCAGCUGGGAUGAAACAUCGGGAGCGUUCCAGCGCGACUCGAGUCAGCCCCGCACGGGACUUCAGCCUGUAAACCCGGCACUGCGGAAACUUCGGUCCAUUGGCGGACCAGUGUGCGUCGUGUCGAUAGCCGGGCCAUGCAGGAGGGGAAAAUCGUACAUCCUCAGCAGAGCGUUCGAUCAAGGGGACGUGUUCCCACUGGGGCAUUCGUUUGAUCCGGAGACCAUGGGAAUUUGGCUGUGGGUAGUACCAGAGAAAUACAGGGAUGCUCAAGGCAGAGAGUUCACCGUUGUGCUGUUGGAUUCCGAAGGAAUUGAUGCAGUGAGUGCAGAGGGUAUUAAUGAUCACGCCAUAUUUACACUCAGCGUUCUCUUGAGCUCUGUAUUAAUUUACAAUUCUGUUGGCGUUCCCACAAGAACUGAUCUUGAGGGACUUGAUCACAUAAUCAAGAUUUCUCAGCGGAUUCAAGUGGUCUCAGGACAACCUUUAGACAAAGAAGAUUCACAGCACGUGUUUCCUUCUUUUGUGUGGCUGCUCAGAGAUGUUGUGUUAAGUCUUCCCAAGGGCGUGGAAAACUUAAAAGCGUAUUUCCUUGAAAAGGUCUUCAAGAUGCGAGGUCGGCCUAAUGAAAAGUCUCAAAAGGUCGUGGACAACAUUCUGAAGUUCUUUCCUGACUUUGACGCCUUUCCCCUCUCCCCUCCGUCAUCAGAUGCUACACUCAUACAAAACUUAAAUGAGAAGGGGAGGCAGGGGGAGAUUAGUUCAUCAUUCAAGAAAGGAGUGGAAGAGUUCAAAAAGAUGUUGCACUCAAAACUAACUCCCAAACGGAGUUUUGUUGGACAAGGAUUUGUCACUGGAGAAGCUCUGGCAACUCUGGUCGAAGAAUAUAUUCAAGCUGCAAAUUCACCAGGGGCUGUUCCAGUUGUUGAGAGUGCAUGGAACGUGUUUACCAAAACAAAAUGUACUCAGACUCUAAACGAUGCUAAAGCUCUGUACGAUGGAGGGAUACGAGAAUUCAAAGAAAAGGUGUGUCUUCCCUGUGACGACAGAAAGAUUCGCAAUGCUCAUCAAGAUUAUUUGUUGGAAGCUCUAACUUUUUUUGAGACUGAAGCAGAGGACACGGCUGUAAUGGCCCGGUGGAUGUACAUCGAGGAGUUAGCGAACUAUACAGACGAAGCUGAGAGUGCUUUGCUAAGAGAGAACAACAAUCUGACUGAGGAACAGUGCAGUGACCUGAUGAAAACGCUACGCGUGGUGUGGUUGGACCCAGUCCUCAAAGAUGUCCAUGAUCCCAAUGAUCACGAAUUCUUGAUUUUGGAAGAGCGUUUGAGGUCUGUUUAUCAGAAACUUGACAGCGACUUCAAGCAACAGGCCAAAGGAGACAAGAGCUUAUGUUCAAACCUGGCUUACAUCUAUGAAUUGCAACAUUUUGAAGAGAUGAAGAAACAUCUUGCUCGACUUAGGACAAGGAGGAAGUAUUAUGAAGAUAUCUCCUCCGAGAGAGCAGCGAGAGAAGCUGAGGCUGAGGAGACAGAAAGGCUAAGGGAUGAGAACUUGCAUUUGGUAGAGAACAGAAAAGAAAUCGAAGGAAAGAUAACUCGCCUAGAGGAGAAACACAUCGAAGAUCAAAGAAACAUCAAACGCAUGGUUGAAGAACAAAUGCGAACACAGAAAGAGCAGGCCGAAGCUGCCAUAUCCGAAGCGAGGGAAAGAUCG